AUGAUCCAAAACCAGUCCAAAGACUCCUCCCCAAACCACAUCCACUUCCACCACCCACGCCUCGCCGACCUGUUCGAGGACUUCAACCGCCCCUACACCUCAAUCUUCCCCAGCAACACAGGUGCAGGGGCCGGCGCCUCCUCCUCCAACCCGGCAACAAAUACAGCAUCAACCAUCAUCAACAAUCCGUCCACAAACCCUUCCUCAACAACCCCGGCCACCAUCAACUCUUUCCUCCCCGUCGAAGACAUCUAUGUGGCCCCGCAACACCAGCCUGUGAACCCUGAGGAUGAGGACGACGUUGUACCCGACCAACAUGCCGUGUUUGGUAUUACGCGCGCCAUGGAUUCGCGGCGGGAGGUUGUGUGGAGGGAUUUGGCGCUGGAGGAGCUCAUGCGCGGGGCUAGGUUGGCGGAAAGGAGUAGGGGCGCUGGAAUUAUUGUGGGCGCUGGUGGUGGGGUGGGCGGCGCUGGCUCUGGGGGAAUUAGGAGAGGUGGAUUGGUUGUUAGUGGUGUCGGUGGUGUCGGUGUUGGUGGCAGUGGUGGGGCGAGGAGGGUUAUGUGUCUAAGGUGA